AUGGCUACGGCAGGAGGCCCGCGCCGCACAGCAGGCGGAGGCCGCGCGCGGAGCGGAGAAGUCGGCAGGGGCCGAGGACGAGCCCAGGCCCAUGGCGCAGAGCGGGAGGCCGCGGCGGAGCGCCAGGCGGAGGCCGAACACACCCACGAGGAGGCGCAGGAGCUGGCCGCGGCGGCGCUGGCGGAGGCCCAGGGGCCGGGGCUGGCUGCGCGCGAAGCCUUUUACGAGAAGGUGGAGGGCCAGCUGCAGGCGAGCCGACGGGCGCGCCAGGCGGCGGGGGCAGCCAACCCGCCUAAGGCGGCGGAGCGCGUCGCCCAGGCUCGGCGCCAGGCGUCGGCCGAGAGGCCCCGUUCGGAGGCCAGGCCGCCGCCCCCCUGCGCCCGGCAGCGACGCGAGGAGCUGGCUGCGGAGCGGCGCUGGGCGGACCUGGCGGGCUUCGCGCGGAAGGCGAAGAAGCCCAGCGCGCGGCUGCGCUGGCUGGUGCCAGGGCUCGGGGUGCCCAUCGUGCCGCUGCGCGACGUGCUGCGCCACCGCGGCGGGAGCGUGGGGCGGUCCGCCGUGCGCGAGAGCAGCGCGCCGAGCCACGUGGGCAGGAAGGCUCCCGUCCGAGGAGGCCCGGCGCCGCCAGGGCCCGGCUUCGGCGCCAGCCUGGGGGCCUUCGGGCUGCCGCGGCCCCGGCCCGCGGAGCCCGGCGCGCCGCGGCCGGGGGCAGCGGAGCGGGGCGUGUCGCCCGCAGCCUUCGGCAACUUCGCCAAUUUCAUGGCCAACGCGCUGGAUUCGGUUGUCGGCAGGCCCGACCAGAGACCCGGAUCCGUUGGCGCUGUCCGGGCGCGCCCGCAGCAGGCGGGGGCGCCAGGCGGGCAGCCGAGGAGGCAAUCAUCCCGCGGGGCCACGACGAGAUCCUCAGGGGAAAAGGUGAGAGCAAUUCAUGCUCGCGGCUUUCACCCUGACUUCAGGGUGCCCCAGGCGCAGGUCAGCCUGGUCCGCGCCCCGGAGCCGCCCGCCCUGGUCGUGGCGGCGGCCGGCCCGGGCACGGGGCACGGGGAGGUCCGGAAGCAGGAGCCCGCGCCCGCCGCGGCCGGCCCCGCGGCCGGCGAGCCCGGGGAGCCGCAGGCCGAGCUGGCCGAGGAGGCUGCCGCAGAGAAGUCUGCGGAGGCCGAGCGCAAGAUGGAGGCGGAGCCAGCAGUUGAGGCCGAGCGGUUGGCGAGGGAGGAGGCCGAGCGCAAGAUAGAGGUGGAGCGGUUGGCCGAGGAGGAGGCCGAGCGCAAGGUAGAGGCCGAGCGGAUGGCCAGGGAGGAGGCCGAGCGCAAGGCGGAGGCGGAGCGGUUGGCCGAGGAGGAGGCCCAGCGCAAGGUAGAGGCCGAGCGGUUGGCCACGAAGGAGGCCGAGCACAAAGCGGAGGCGGAGCGGUUGGCCGAGGCCGAGCGGUUGGCCAGGGAGGAGGCCGAGCGCCAGGCGGAGGCCGAAGUCCUGGCAGAGGCAGCGCGGAUUGCGGAGGCCGAGCGCGUGGCGGAGGCCGAGCGCUUGGACAAGGAAGUUGCCAUGUCGCAGGAGGAGGCGGAGAGCGAUGCGGCACAAGUCUGCCCUAUGGAGGCCCCGGUCGCCGCGGGCAGCGGCAGUGCCCAGAGCGCCGAGCACGAGCAGGGGGGCGUCAGCAGGCUCGAGGUCUCCCGGCUGCGCUCGGCCCCGGCGGCCCCGGACCACAACACCCCCCGGGCCAGGGGCUGGCUCAAGAAGGAGGCGUCCGAUGGCCACAGGCCAGACACUUCCCCGAAGGGCAGCUGCAAGAGGAGCGAGACCCCGUCCAGGCUGCGGACGCUGCAGGAGUUCUGGGGCAGCGGCAAGGACACCGCGGGCCACCCGAGGCGGCGACAAGGGCAGCCUCUCGAAGCAGGAGGUUGA